AUGAUAAAGGGCGCCUUCCCUAAGCGCCAACCCCGACGUGCCUUCUCAUCCAAUGACUACCGCCUGCCCAGUGCUCCUGCCACGCCGGGUGCACACAGUCACUACAUUGCCCCGGCGGCCAUGUCGAGCUUGUCUGAAAUCACCGAAUCCUACUUCUACCAACUACCUAGAAUCCUCGCACAUACACCAUCACCACCUAGAGAAUCUCACACGCCAGCCGAAGUGUCUGUGUCAGUGCUUCCAGGCCACCGGCCGCCCAUGUGGCGGUCGCCUCAGCGGUCAUACUCGGUCAUGCCCGACGAGCCCAUCCCCUUCACUCAGAUCCCUGGCGAGAAGCUCCAGCUCGCCUUCCUCCCUCCCGAGAUCCACUACGCCAUCUUCGACUUCCUCGACCCCAUCGACAGCACCUGUCUCGGUCUGACCAGCAAGCACUUCUACGCCAUUCACCGACGCAUGCACGGCACCGUACCCCUGGCGGCGCGCCGCAGCGGUCCCAACGACAUGGAAUGGGCGUGGAGGCUCGAAAAGCCGCUGAUCCAGGCCGGUGCAACCGAGGAGAAUGCCCUCGCCAUGUUGGCUCCCCAGGGCCAGGUCUACUGCCGAAAGUGCGGCAUCACCCGCUGCGAGCUGCACAAGCAUAUCCAGGAGUGGAUAGGAAAUGACUACGAGUACUGCGCGGUUCGGGAAAAGUUUGGCCCCAAGGCGCCCGGCGGCACGAAGAAAGAGUGUUACCGGAGCUCACCCCGGCACCCGCACCGGUGCGGCCGACACACGAGGCAGCAGCGAGUCGUCAGGCUGGUAUAG